CGUGUUGUAUCUCGAGCAUCUUCCUCUCUGUUUCAACACACCCCACGAAAAGCCCACGCCUUUUCCAUGAUCUAUGUACAUUCUUUGGUAACUAGUGCGCCUUUACGCACAGCGGCACGAUGAGCGCCUGGACCUCUCGGCGCGCUCUCUCGAUCGAGCUCUGUCUCUUUCUGUUUCUCUUAAACUGUUUAGGCACGGCGUGGACUUUCGAGUUGACCGUGCUUCACACCAAUGACAACCAUGCGCGGAUCGAGGAGACCAGCGAGGACUCGGGGAAGUGUUCAUCCUCGGGUCCCUGCUUCGGUGGGGUCGCUAGGCGGUUCACCAAAGUGUCGGAGAUCCGGGAAAAGGAGAAGAACGUGUUGUUUCUGGACGCUGGAGACCAGUUUCAGGGAACUGUCUGGUUCAACUACUACAAAGGCGCCGAAGCAGCGCAUUUCAUGAACAAACUGGGAUAUGAUGUUAUGGCGUUUGGAAACCACGAGUUUGACAAUGGAGUGGAUGGUCUGAUCCAGCCCUUCCUCCAGAAAGUUAAUUGCUCUGUGGUGAGCGCCAACAUAAAACCUGACCAGACCCUGGCUGCAAAACUCAGUGGAUACUAUGAACCCUACAAGAUCAUCAACGUGGGCUCAGAAAAAGUGGCUGUGGUCGGCUACACCACCGCAGAGACCCCCUACUUAUCCAUGCCAGGCCAGCACCUUAAGUUUGAGGAUGAGGUGAAAUCGAUUCAGGUUCAGGUCGAUAAGCUGGAAACCCUGGGCAUUAAUAAGAUCAUUGCCCUGGGCCACUCUGGAUUUGAUGUGGACCAAGAUAUCGCCAAGCGAGUUAAAGGAGUUGAUGUUGUUAUUGGAGGACACACCAACACAUUCCUCUACACUGGAAACCCCCCAUCUACUGAGGUCCCAGCAGGGCUGUACCCCUUCAUGGUACGGUCUAAUGACGGGAAAGAUGUGCCUGUGGUCCAGGCCUACGCCUUUGGGAAAUACCUUGGGUACCUUAAGGUUACUUUUGAUGAGGCUGGGAACGUGAUGAAAGCUGCUGGAAACCCCAUCCUAAUGGACAGCAGCAUAACUCAAGAUCGAGAUGUCCUAGCUGAUGUUGAGAAGUGGAAGAAAAACUUGACUCAGUACUCCUUACAGUAUGUUGGACAGACCUUAGUCUACCUCAAUGGGACGUUUCAGGAGUGUCGAUUUCGGGAGUGUAACCUUGGAAACCUAAUCUGUGAUGCCAUGAUUUAUCACAAUCUGAAGUAUUCAAAUGAGAUGCAAUGGAAUCACGUGGGAAUAUGUAUGCUGAAUAGUGGGGCCAUACGGACAGCUAUAGACGAGCGCUACAAAAACGGUUCCAUAACCAUGGAGGAGAUCCUCACUGUUUUACCAUUUGGAGGAACCUUUGACUUGGUCCAGAUAAAAGGAUCAACAGUGAAAAAAGCAUUUGAGCACUCCAUUCACAGAUAUGGAAACAUGUCUGGAGAAUUUCUUCAAGUGUCAGGCAUCCAUGUACAGUACGACAUCUCCAGGCCAGUGAACCAGCGUGUAGUGUCUUUAUCCAUGCUCUGCACUGAGUGCCGCGUGCCCAAGUACGAACCGUUAGACCUGGAGAAGACUUACACCGUGGUCAUGCCUUCAUACAUUGUGGGUGGAGGUGAUGGCUUCACCAUGAUCAAGGAGGAGUUAAUAAAACAUAACACAGGUGACAUGGACAUUGUUGUUUUUUCCAAAUACAUCUCGGACAUGAAGCGCGUGUACCCUGCAGUGGAAGGCCGGAUCACAUUCAGGAACUCAGCUAUCUUUACAACCCACAGCCUUGGACUGUUGCUGCUGGGUUUAUGUCUGUCCUUGACCCUCUGAUUGGCUUUGUACACUCUGAAACUGUGAUAAACUGAGGGGCAAGUUUGGCUGCUUGGAGACUCCUCCGGGACUUGGUUAACUGCCUUUCAAUCUUGCUGCCUUCAAGGAUAACUAGAAGACAACACAAAUGCAAGUUCAGGUUCUGGGUAGAUUUAAUAUCCGUACAGGAGCUUAUUUAUCCCACAAGAUUGAGUAAAAGGACUGGGGACAAUCCUGUAUGCUAAUAUCUUACACACAAGCAAGAUGAUUCAUUUAAAUACAAAAAAAGCAAAGAUGUAUUGAAUGCCAUAUUCCUGCAAAUGUAAAGAAACUGAAAAGCCAUGUUAUGAAUGUCUAAAGUCCAAGACAAUAACCCAAAAAAGAUAUGAAAGAGUCCAAAGACUGCAAGGCACUGUCCAUCUUCUUAGUGAGAUAAUGAACAAAAGGAAAACUGUCUGGCUGCUACAACUCUCUCAGGGCUGUUUCAUUGCACAAUACUUAUUCAGAGAAAGAACUGAGAACACUGUGACUGCUCAGGCAAACCAAAUAUAGAAUUGCAUUGCCUUCGCUGUUUGAGCACAUGCAACAAGUUACAGAUAUAAUACAGCAAAAAUAUUGUACAUGUGGUCUGUCUGCGAGCUAUGGUUUUUUGUUUGUUCUGAAGACCAUAACCUUUUUGUGCACCCCGAGUUUGCAUUAGUUAUCAUACUCAUCUACACGGACAAAAACACACAGAGCCAGUGGAAUUAAACACUUAGGCUCAAAAUGUAUUGAACACGGCACUUUUUCUCCUGUUUCUUUUUUUUUUUUCAUCCUGUGGAAACUGAAGACACGUUCCUCUGAAGAGUCAAAGUAGUAAAAAUGAAUCAGAGGUAAUGAAAAUGUGCUUGAACUGAAAAUUGAGGGAUAAAUUAUCAAGUGAUUGGAUUCAUUUGAAGCCAAUUUUGAUUAAAAGAGUCACGAUGUGAUGAAAACAAGCCAUUUUCAUCCUGUCUUACAUUCAUCAUUCAAACCUCAGUUAGCUGCUGUUUCUUCUCCAAAGUCUGGAUGUCCUGUGGCUCUGUCUUUACACCCUAAAAUUAGCCUCCAGAUUAUAACUAUUAUCACAGUUGUCACAAGUUGAUAUUGAUGCUAUGCCUCCCCUGCCUCCAAAAUGCAACAGUCAAUUAGAGUGUGCAACCUCAGAGGACGUGAGGCUUCACAGAUAGUUUUGGAGACUACAUGUGGUGUAUAUGGUAACAAAAAAAAGAGCUGUUUUAGGCCUUGAUGUGAGGUGACACUUUUAUAGCAGAUGAGGUAUUCACAUAAGUUCCUUAAAUAACUAUUGUGCUCUCAGUGUGAAACAGAAAAAAGUAAUUGAUUUCAAGUUUUCAGAUCUAUACUUUUACACUGCAUGCUUUUAUACUGAGGAGUAAUUAAACAAGGAACACUGAUCUAUCAUUUUUUAAUAUAAUUUAUUUUACAAAGUAAAUGACAUAUACAGCAGGAGAAGCAUUGUGUUUCCUCUUCUUUCUGUGGCAGGUAUCCAGUUCAGGCAGUGUGUGCAUGUGAUCUGCAAGUUAGUUUCAACCUGACGAAAGUCUUUGCAUUAGUGAAGGAUGAGUUAAAUGCCCGACAAGCAUGUUAGGUCACGUCCGUUGAACGGAUCAUUUUACAUCCAUGGAGCCAUCACAGAGGUCUCCUUCUGUACCUGCUGGGGAAACAAAAACAGAUCUUAAAACAGCAAUAAUUAUGUAAUUAUUCACAUCUGAUUUGAUGCUUUAUAUACAAUACAUCGUAUGUAUAUGUUAUGCCACUAUUAAUCAGACAAUGAUUAUACUGAUCUGUGGAAGAAUGUAUUGUAAAAAUAAAAAUAUAUCAACUACCCAAA